UAAAAUAUUCCAAAAUAAAAUAAAAAAGAUUUAUUAUUAAUUCAGAAAUAUUGCCAAACAAACAAGCAUGGACUACUGAUACAGAUAAGAGGAACAAACACCACCACAACUACUCAUCGGAGCUUCCACCACCAAAUUCCGAUGGAUCUUCAAGCUUCCUGCAAUAUCUUCUGCACCACAAACUACCCGACCCCAUCACUUUUCCGCCAGUUCUCCCCGUCAAAAAACUCCAUCAAUUACACCACCAAAUGCCGCCGCCAUACGACGUCGUCGGAGCUUCAAACCUCGCCGGAAGUACCUCGCAUUUCUGUCGCUUCCUCUGCUCCAACCCAUAAAGUCACCGUUCACGACAGACAACGAGAUGUUGUUCACGAAUUCUACGUUCCAGAGGAUCAAUACAUAUUGCACACAGCUGAAGCACAGAACAUAUCAUUGCCGUUUGCUUGCAGGCACGGUUGUUGUACUAGUUGUGCUGUUCGUAUAAAAUCUGGACAACUUAGACAGCCUGAAGCAUUAGGGAUAUCCGCAGAAUUGAAAGCUAAGGGUUAUGCGCUCCUUUGUGUCGGUUUCCCAACUUCUGAUAUCGAAGUUGAAACACAAGAUGAGGAUGAGGUAUACUGGCUUCAAUUUGGACGAUAUUUUGCACGAGGACCUAUUGAAAGGGAUGACUAUGCACUUGAACUAGCGAUGGGCGACGAGUAAACCCCUUAGUUAAAUUGUAAAUUGUAAGUAAAACGUCAUUUGGAUCAAUGAUCUCGCCGUUUUUUAAACACUGUUAGGAUAUUUGAGAAGGUUUGAACUUUCAAAAGAUUAAUAUAUGACAUAUUUGACCUCUUGAUGAUGCAUUUUCA